UGGGUGUAGUGUGAAAAUGCUGAGGAAAGCCCUUCUGAGGAUGAGAGGGUGGGGCUGUUGGGCCUAAUCCUGUUAUCCCGGCCUUCUUAAUCCAGCUCCAGUCAGUCUUUACACCUCUUCAGUCGCACAAUACAAAUACAAACACACUUCCAAUACAAAUACAUCACAUACAUCAUGGAGGACAGCGUUAUGCUAGGUGUUGAAGGGAUCAAGAAGACCAUCUUGCAUGGAGGGACCAGAGAGAAGCCCAAAUUUAUCACAGGAACUAAGGUGACGUUUCAUUUCCGCACACAGCUCUGCAAUGAUGAUCGCACCGUGAUAGAUGACAGUAAGAAGGCAGGUAUGCCCAUGGAAAUGGUGAUCGGGAACAUGUUUAAACUGGAUGUCUGGGAGACUCUGCUCAUGUCCAUGCACAUAGGGGAGGUGGCUGAGUUCUGGUGUGAUGUCAUUCACACCGGAUUGUAUCCAAUAGUGGCUAAGAGUCUGCGGCGUAUCGCAGUGGGGAAAGAUCCGGUGGAUUGGCACAUUCACACCUGCGGGAUGGCCAAUAUGUUUGCCUACCACAGCCUGGGCUAUGACGACCUGGACGAGCUUCAGAAAGAACCACAGCCUCUUAACUUUGUAAUGGAACUUCUCAAGGUACAGCAGCCCAGUGAGUAUGACAGAGAGUCCUGGGCUCUGAAUGAUGAGGAGAGGGUGAAAGCGGUACCUGUGCUCCACGGUCAAGGGAACAAGCUCUUCAAACAGGGCCGAUAUGAGGACGCCACACUGAAAUAUAAAGAAGCCAUUAUGUGUAUCAAGAAUGUGCAGACAAAGGAAAAGGCAUGGGAAGCUCCUUGGCUAAAACUGGAGAAGAUGGCCAACAUGCUCACUUUAAACUACUGUCAGUGUCUGCUGUGCAUGGAGGAGUACUAUGAGGUCAUCGAACACACAUCUGACAUCAUCAACCAGCACCCUGGGGCGAUGAAAGCCUUCUAUCUGCGUGGCAAAGCGCACAUGGAGGUGUGGAAUGAAGCCGAGGCCAAAGAUGAUUUCAUGCGAGUGCUGGAUCUGGACCCUGGCAUGAAAAAGACAGUCAAGAAAGAGCUUGCAGUUCUCAAAAUGAGAAUGGAAGUAAAAAACGAGGAGGACAGACUGAAGUACAAGGGCAUGUUCGCAAAAAUAGCAAGAGAGGAAGAGUCUCUAGAGCUGGAGAUUCCAGAGCAAACAUCACCAGCACAAGAGAGUCCAGAGGAAGAAACUGCUGAAGAACAAACAAACUCAAUGCAAACGUCUCUAGAGCAAAUAACUUUAGCACAAUCAGGUCCAGAACAAACACCUUCUGAGCUAUUAAGCUCUGAUCAUGUGAUCCCAGAACACAACAACUACUCAUCAACUCCAGAACAAACUACCAGAGAAGCUGCUACUCCAGAACAAUUGAACGCAGUGCAAAUACUUCUGGAGCAAUCAACUUCUGAGGAAACAUCUCCAGAGCAUGCAACUCCUGAGCCAACAUGUCCAGAACAAGCAGACCAGGACCCAGUGUCUUCAGAUUCAGAACAAAUGACUCCUGCUCAAAUGACACCAGAAUACUCAACACCUGCAAAUGAACCUUAACAUCACAACUUUUUCAUGAGAAGAGCAACAAUGAUGGUGUGGGGUCAAGCCGAAUCAUUUUGACCUGUUUUACUUAGUAAUGCUUUGUAUUUUACAUAAUGUAAGACUUUAUCAUAGUGACUGUAGUUUUGCCAAUCAUCCAAUAAAAUAGGCUACUCACUAAAUUACUAUGUUGUGGAGCUAACUGGUCAGUCGCAUUUUGUGUCUCAAAACAUGAUAUUCAUAAACUUGAUGAUAAUUCCUUCACAUGUGCACCAGUCUUUAUGCAUAGGCAAACAGUCUUGUAAAGAAUUAAAUAAUAUCAAAUGUAAUAAUUAA